AUGUUGAAAACCAAGAAAGUGGACAUUGGCAAAUGGGCUCCCUCAUUCGGUGCCGAUAAUACAUCCGAGUCCUUUGCCGUCUUCGAGGACGCAAUACGAAUCCCGAACUGGAUCAACAUUGUUCACCAGGAAAUGGAGAAGUAUCUGGUCUGUGCUAAGACUCAGAUUCCGGAUCCCGGUGACAACAUUGAAAGGAACUAUGUCCGGCGUGGGCCCGCCGCCUCUCGCAAGAUCGCCGCUCAGUCGAAGCUGCAGAAGAUGGAGUACCCAGAGGCCUCUGUCGAUGACGGUUUGCGCCGCAUCUCCUUCGCGAACGCGUCUCAGGACGUGGCCUCACCGUUCCGCGAUGCUCAGGCGCAUGGAAGCAAAGCGUUGCCUCGCAAGCCAGCACCAAUUCGAUCUACGCCGUCCCGGCUAUCGAAUUCGAGCAUGCCGUCGAGCAAAUCUAUCCAAAGAGGACAGACGACCAAGACCAAGCGGCCUGGAUCGAUCUCGUCCAGCGCAAAGGAGGAGUUGGCUGCAGAGAUGUUCCUGAACGAGGAGCAGGAGCUGGUGGACGAGGAGGCUUCAUCAGAGGAUGUCUUGCCGGUGGAGGUCCCACAGCAGUCCCAGAAGCGGAAGAAGAAGAAGCCCUUGCAGACGGAAGUACAGCCGUCGAUCACGAUCAUGCCGCAGGGUGAGUUGCAGCAGCAGCUCCAACAGCGGACUCCGAGCAAUCAGCUGCAGUUGUUUAGCCAGGUGACGGCUAACUUUACCGCCACCGAGCUCCCGGCCGCAGCAAAGCCUGCGACAUCUGCUACAGCUUCCGAGCGGAGCUCCUCCAGUGAGUCGGGCCCACUUGCCGGCGAUGGCAUGGAGGCGGCUCUCCUCGAAGCCCUUCGCAGUCAAGGCCCUGAGGCCGUGAAUGCCUUCCAGGCUGCGCUGGAAGAGGGCACUCAGGCCGUUCAGUCGGUGAAGCUUUGCUUCGUGGGCCACGCCAGGGCUGGCAAAACCUCCACCCUGAAUGCGCUGGCUGGGAGGGCGUUCAAUCCCGAGCAGCCAAGCACACACGGCGUAGAGACCUGCAGCUUCGCCAAGGAGUUAAUGAGCGCGGGUCCGAGUCGCACGAAUAGCAGCAGCUACAACGAUGACGCCGUUCCGUCUGAACCGUGGCUGGAAAUGGAAGGCGAGGGGAGUGUCGCUAAGCUGUUGGAGGAGAAAGUGGCAAAGGCCGUUGCCGAGAACAUGAAGGCCAAGGCCCGGCGUGACCGAUGCGCUCGGCCCUCGCGCGCUCCGCAGCCGCAGAGCGACGCCUCCUCGGACGAGGCAGAUGAUGACGGAGGGCCGCCGCUCUUGGUGAAGAUGCCGGUGGACCUCAUAAUCAAGGCAAUCUCCAACGAGGAUGCGCCGCACCAGAGGGAUGUGAUCAUGCAGACAUGGGACUUUGCUGGCCAGCAGAUGUACUACAACAUGGCGCACGUGUUUCUUACAUCCUUCGGCAUUUACGCGCUGGUCCUCGACAUUUCGAAGUGGGAUGAUGGAGAGGCGCACUCUCCAGCUCUAGAGUCAGUGGAUUUCUGGUUGGCGGCACUCCUGGUGCACGCCCCGGAUGCCUGGCUGGUGAUCGUGGGAAGCCACGCAGAUCAGCUGGAAUCCGAGCGGCAGCAGGAGGUGUACAAAAGCAUCAAUGGAGUGCUGGUGGAGCGUCUCCAGCAAGCGCGCAAGCAUGCGAAAGUACUUGGGAAUGAAGCGGAGGGCUUGCUGUUCUUUCCAGUGGACAACAGGGGGGACUCAGCGCAAAGCCUCCACGGAAUUGCGCGCUUGCGCGAAGCCCUAAACUCGUUGGCCCUGGAUGUGGCCAAGGCCUUGGAGGUGAUUCCCACUCGUUGGGCCCACUUCUUCCACGUCCUGGAAGGUCAAAGCCAGGAGCGGUACAUCGAGAUCGAAAGUUGCCGUGAGCAGGCAGCGGCAAUGGGGAUCCAGGAGAUUGACUUGGAGAAAUUCCUAGGACUUUUUCACAAGCUCGGGCAGCUCCUGUAUUUCAAGGAAUCCCCGGCGGUGGUCCUGAGCCCACAGUGGCUGCUCGACGCGAUGGCACAGGCCCUGCGGGAGCGUGGUGAUCUCUGCAGACGCGUCCUUCCCGAUAGGAGCGUCCCCUCAGUUAGCAAGCGCUGCACUGGCUGGAUCUACGGUGUCGUCAGGUUUAUUCGAAAUGGCUUCAUGCCAUUUCGCGUCCUGGAGGCGGGCCAGAACCCGGAUGUAGAAUCCGUGGAGCAGCUACAAGGCAGCAACGACUGGAAUCUGCAGCACAUGGCCCACCUCAACACCAAGAAGUCGGCCCUACGCCUCAACCAGGGUGCUCUGGCAAGACGAACGGUUUCAGGGGCACGAGACCGUCUUGCACCUCGGCAAGCCUUCCUUGAGCAUUUCGACCUCCUGGUCCCCGGCUCGGGCAAGGUCGUCUUCGUGCUGGACUUCAAAGGGGCCUUCAGGCGCCUUCUUUCCACGCUGAUUCCGAGGCAUCGGGACGCAGAUGUCACCUCCGUAGCAAAGUCAAUUGGAGCUUUCAAGAGGGCUUGGCUACCGCACGUGUCCUACGACACGAAAUUGCCUUGCCCCUGCGGUGCAACGACAGCCAGCGCACAAGGGCACUACCUCAACCUCAGCGAGGUGCUCGCCAAUGUGCCCAUCUUCUGUCGUCACUCUGCGGGCCUCGUUCGCACUGCCGAUCUGCCCGCGUCGGUUCGAGCCUGGAGGGAGCGACCAGCAGGUGCUCGUGAGACAGCAGCCGUCGAACGGCCGUUUAUGUACAUGUAUUCGUCGCCCCUCUACACCAAGAUCAACCAGUUCCCUCAGCUGAAUGUGCACAAGGAGUUUGAGACACUAAAGGGCCUGCUCGCCGGUUGCACCACGCAGGUGGCGACCUACACGAGCCUGGAGAAUGCGAUGCAGAUGCGGCCAGCCCCGUCGGUUCUUCAUCUCAGCUGCCAUUCGGUGCCGCUGCAGCACGGAGGCUCUGUGAGGCACUUUCUGCUCCUCGAAGACGAGAAGGGCUGCGGCCAUCUACUCGAUGCUCAGGGCCUGCAGCAGAUGGGUGGAUGGGAGAACCUGGGGCUCUUGGUGCUCUUGGCCUGCAACUCCGUGGCCAUUGCACGCGAGCUCCCUUGUCGGUCCAUCUGUUGCACGAACAAGGUCAGCGACAGUGCAGUGCGCGACUUCUGCCGAUCCUUCUACUUGCAUCUGUUCUCGGGCCGAUCUGCUCGGGAGGCUUGGAACAGGGGCCGCUAUGCCCUGCGAAACCAUGCGGACACGGGUUUGCGCGCAGAGGCAGAACGGUUCCUUCUUUGGCCGCCAGAGGUGCAGGAGGAGCCUGUUUUUGCACCGCCGCGCGGCGAUGCCAUCGAGGGGACACCAUGGCCCGCCACUCCUCCUGUGGAGAAGUACCGCCUUCAGGCGCUGGACCUGGCGGCGCUUGCGGAGAAGUUUCAGUUUUUGGAACGACGGGUGAUACUGCUUACCGGGCCCAGAGGUGCUGGUAAGACGACUACUUGUCGAUUUUUUUGUCGUUUCUUUGGGGCGCCUGGCCGGCUUUUUGCCGAGGGUGUGGCGCUUUUGGGCACGAAGGAGAUGGAGCUGCUGUUCGAAAAGGACGGCUGCUUACAGCACCUACUUGCCAAGAUGAUCCUCCUUGCCUUGAACGUUCAGGCCUAUGCCACCUGCACCUGGUCCACGUUGACGUCUCUCACGCGGAACAGGCGCUGGCUUCUCGUGCUGGACGGCAUCGACCGUUUCCAGUCGGACAAGGACAUCGAGAGGUUGAGAAAGCCACUGGAAGAUCUACUUUGCACCUGCACAAAGCUCUGCGUGGUGCUCACGAGACGAUCUUCCGGAGAAGGCCCUGGCAGGCCUUGGGAGCUGGCGCAGCUCGACGCGUGCAAGGUGGUGCCAUUUCCGCUGUCGCGGCUUUCGGGUGAAGAUGCUGCGCUGCUCUUUCUCGACCGGAUUGUGCGUAAGCUCUUCCCGCGAGAUUUUGACCUGGCGGAUGAUUCGCCAGAGCCUUUGUCAGGCGGACGGGACUUGCUGCAGAAGCUGCAUGGGUCUCCUCUGAUGCAGGCCUUGGCCGGUGUGCCCGGUGAAAUCGUCGAUGCGGCCGCACGGGUGGACUGCGAAUUACACUCACUUCUGCAGCAUCCGGUCUUGUGCCGCGAUGUCAGAUGA